AUGACGACCGAAAGGAGCUCGUCUGGAUCACAGCAUCCAAAAAGACUCGUGUUUGCGCCAGGCGACAUUCAAGGCCCCAACGAUGGAGGACAAGAUAUCCACAACAUCAAGUCCGCCGCCGCCCACCUGGCCGAAGACAUCUCACGAUCCGACACAUCCACUCCGACCUCGGUGAUGCAACAAGAGCUCGUAUCGCAUCCAGCUCGCGCGCAUCAAUUCGUCAUAAACCCGCCCUUGACUAUCGCGCAACUACAUCCUACGAACCCGCUACAUCAGUUCCAUCGCUGGUUUCAGGAUCCACGAAUCCCUCGUUCAUCGGCGCCGGAGACGUGUACGUUAGCUACGGCAUCGUUACCGUCAGGUCGCGUGAGUGCUCGCAUGCUUUAUUUCAAAGAGUUGGAUGAGCGCGGAUGGGUCAUAUACAGCAACUGGGGCAGUAAAGAGGGCAAAGGUCAUCAGAUCUUCGGUAGCGGGUUUGCCGUCUCUGCAGAUGGGCGUACGCCGGGCGACAUACACGAGACUGCUGCUCUCAAUGAAGGAAAUAGAUGGGCAGCCCUUACAUUCCUCUGGUCACUAGUUGAGCGUCAAGUCCGAAUCGAGGGACUGGUAGAACCAGUAUCCCGAGAAGAGAGUGAACUAUAUUGGCGCACCAGGGAAAGAGGUAGUCAGAUCGGCGCCUGGGCUAGUUGGCAGAGUAAAGUAAUGUGGUCGGCGGAGCCAGACACGCUCCCACCACCGGAGGAAUUGGGACAUGCUGACUACGACGAUGGAAGGAAAGAGCUAGAGGCGCGCGUCAAGGAAAUGGAAGCUCGGUUUGCGGAUGUGGACGAAAUCCCCUUACCGCCGUUCUGGGGUGGGAUUCGAGUCGUUCCUGAGUCGGUGGAGUUUUGGCAGGGGCGCGCGAGUAGACUGCAUGAUCGAUUUAGAUAUGUGCGAGUCGGACAGACGGAUCAUGCAGCGGAGAACUUCAAGUGGCGGAUAGAACGGCUGUCUCCUUGA